GGUGGGCGUGGGCCGCGAACAUGCCCUUCUCCAGGGCUCGGCCGCAGGUCCCAGCCAGCCCCUCCGGCCCUCUUGGCCUCCCACCGCAUGCCGUAGCUGAGUGCUCAUGGCUGAUCUGGACCCCCACACCUGAAGUUCAGGACUGAGGUGGCGGCACAGGGGCAGCUGUGGUGUAUGUCCCCUUGGGCUCUGGCCACACAGGUCUCUCUCUUGAGUUGGGGUCCGUGAGCUGGACCCCUCCCUCCAUGAUGCCUUCCUCCCCCUGGGGCUAAAUCCAGCUCCUUUGCCCCCCACUUGUGGGCCGGGCCAUGUCCAAUGUCGAGGGCCCCUGGCCGGGAACCUCCAGGGAGCACCGCAGGCUCCGCCUCUGCCUGGCUGCCCACCUGCUCUGCUCUCCCUGGCGGCUCCUCCCCUGGCGCCCCCCCCCCCCCGCCAGGUUGACUGCCCACCUGCUCUGCUCUCCCUGGCGGCUCCUCCCCUGCCCACACCCCCCCUUGCCAGGUUGACUGCCCACCUGGGGCUCUGCUUGCCCGACCUGACCCAUUUCCCCUUCUCUGUGCCCCAGUCACUGGGCUUGGGACCCUCUGGGUCUCACCCAUCCAGCCCUCUGCCUAACAGGCUGGUUUUCCUGGCUGAGCCCACACCUGUGGUUACCUGGCCCUGCCUGCUGCCCCGCCCACCUCCCAGCUGCUUGCCUUUUGCCUGCCUCUCCCCCAGGGCAAGGAGGCGCCCCCCCUCGGGGUCUCCCAAGUUUCCGGGUGGUCUCCAGUGCUCAUGGCACAAGCCCCGCUGGCAAACCACCUCCCCUACCAUCCUCAGAGGCCCCCUCCCAUGGGCCCGGCCUCCCAGGCUCUGAGUGCCCGUGGGCUGCAGCCAGACCUUUGUCCUGCUCCCUUCCCCCCACCCCAAUCCCCCCAGACCCCUUGUCAUCAUGUCCUACCGGGCCUGCCUCUACGGCCGUCCUGUACCUGCGAGUCCCAGGCUCUGCCUUGCCCGCGACCUCAUGGCCGGUCUGGGGGCUGCCACCUGGCCUGUCGCUUCUCUUCUUGCACCUUUUCCUGUCAUUGCCAUCCCUACGCGCCACCUCCCUCCACCGAAAACCAGGCUGCAGGUCAGCCCGUCCUCGACACCCUGGCGGCGACAGUCGGCUGAAGAACUGGAUGGAAGAGGCAGAAGCGUUGCCCUGGACCAGCGCUCCUUCAGGAAGGUCACCUGGCAUCUCAUGCCCACCUGGUGCCUCGCGACUCCCUCCUGGUUUGGGCUGAAGCCGUCUCGAAUCCUCCGUGGGACGUGACCGUGGACACGCCACCCCAUUACCCUCCAGCUCCAAAAUCGGCAGACUAGGAUGGAAGUGGCCUAGCUGGGGGGCCCUUCAAAGGGCCAAGGAGAAAACGCGGGCCAAGAGACCAGCCUCUCAAACGGGCUUCGAGCUCCAGUGACCUUCGCUUACCUUCCCCCCCUUGAAAUGUCUGGAAAGCGGAAUGGACAGAUUUUCUGUCUUCAAAGUUUCCGGCUAAACCUCUUCAAGUUCUUUAUUGUUUGGGACUGAGACACUCAGCAAUGGUAAUGGGUAGUUCCUUUUGUAUUUGCCUUGAAAGGCCAAAAUAUUUUUAUAUGGCUACAGACAAAGCCGUCUGUUUUAAGAUGAACUCUAUGUCCGUCGUUUCCCACCGGGGAGAUCGUGUAUACCGUGUGUGUCUCUGUGCACUCUCGGGUCUUGAAACAGGUUUCUCACGGGGAUGGCCAUUCACAGGGGUCCACGGGGAAGCACCUGCCCCGCCAAGGGGGCCUGGGGACUCUGACCCUCGUCUGUGUAGGAUGUGAGCCCCGGGGGGUGGGGGGUGUUCUGGCUGCACUAACAUGUACUCUGCCUGUGCCUGCAUCUGCCAUGCAUAUGUGUCAAGGACUGUGGGUUGUGCGCACCUUGGUGGUUAACUUGGUGGGAAGAAGCUGGAAGGCCAAAGAUACUGUGAAUGUUCUAUUGUUCUGGUUGGGAGGUCAUUUUGCUGGGCUCUGUUACCUGGUCCAAAUAAGUGAAUGGAUGAAUAAAUGAAUGAAGGCAUGAAAGAGUGAAGAAACUAAUAAAUAGGUAAGGAAGUGUACCCUGAAGGAGAUCCAGUUUGACGCACAGGAGAUCAAUAGAUAAGUCAAUAAAGCAUUGAAUCAGUAUAUAAAUAGGGCCACACAGGAACCAAUGUCAGGUCAUCGUGGACUAAGGAACACAUGCAAUUCAAGUAUAUAGCACCUAAAGUUUGUCCAUAAAAGAAUAAAACCUAGAUGAAAGAAUGAAUAAGAAGUCGAGAUGCAUAAACCAGUGGUGAGGGUGAGAUUAUGCGGCCCAUCAAAGUGAAAAGAUGCAAGAGAAAGGGCACAAAUGAUUGAAAGGAAGAAGAAAAAUGGAAAGAUGCAAAAUAAUAAAUAAGAAGGAAGAUAACUUUUAAAAGUAGGGGGUGAGAAAAUAUAUAAGGAGGACUAUGUCAGGUUAUUAUAAGCCAAGCAUUAGGAUUAGUCCAAAUACAUGCUCCAGACAUAGAAAAAAAGAUAAACAACAGAGGAAGAGUUCAAAAGAUAGUUAAAACCGAAAAAGGACCCAGGGGACCAGAGAUGAGCGUUAACUUUAACCAAAUUUUUCUAACUCUGGGCACACAUAAAUAAAUAAACACUGAAAUGAAAGAAAGCAAAAAAAAAAAAAAAAAAAAAAGGAAAGGAUGGGAUGAAUGAGCAGUGGACAUCUGUGUACCCACAUGGGAGCAUGGCAGGAGGGGUUUUGAGUCCUCCAGUCCUGGGACCUGAGGUCUGUUCCAUGAAAGGAUUAAAAAAGAGAGAGAAUAAAAUAAAACAUCUAAAUAAAAAUCAAGAAAUAUGGAAGAAAAAGUAACAAGUGUUCAGUCCAGGAAUACAUUAGUGGGUGAGUAAAUAAACAUAUAAAAGAAGGCAAUGCUAGGAGUCGAGUAAUAGACUGUCAUGAAUCAAGGGUUAUGGUUAGUCCAAUUCUAAAAGCCACAGUACUAUCAAAAAAUAAUAAGUAUCUCCAUAAACAAGUGAAUGAGUAUCUAAAGAAGCAAAGACAUGAUGGCGUGAGGCGGGGAGGGGCCAUGGCCACAGGCACUCCUGAGGGGCCUGUUGGAAGGUUGUAAUUAAUCCCCCCCACUGUCUGGGCACCAAAGAUCCAGGAGAAUGAAAGAAGACAGAUGAGAAAAAGUGAGAAAGGAGGAGAUUUGGAAAGCUGCAACAAAAGAGAGAAAGAAAGAGUUAAGAGGUGAUAAAUGGGUAUAUUCUUGGAAGAGGGUUAGGCUAGGAGUGAUAAUAAGGGGCCAGCCCAAACAGUAGAUCACAAUGGGUCAAAAUCUGGGCACCCAUUCCAUUAGUAGAGGAGUAUAUACCUAAUAAGAAGAAAAGAACAGCAGGAAGGAAGAAUGGUAUGAAUGAAUGAAGGAAGGAAGGAAGGAAGGAGACAUGGAGCUGCAGGGCCCCAGGAUGCCGUUUGCAGGUAACAUUAGGAUUCAUCAGUUCGUGGCACCUGAGCUCCGAAGAAUGAAAGAAUGCAAGAAAGAAAGAGUGAGAGAGUGAAAGAGAGAAACAGUGAAAAUGGGAGAGGAAUGACAAAUCAGAGAUCAAAUUAGAAAUGAAAAAGGAAAAAAGGAGAAAGGUAAUAUAUUAACAGACAGAUAGAUAAAUACAUAUAUAGGAGAGAGCAGUUCUAGGAAUAAGAAUGAGAGGGGGGCCUGAACCAAGCACAGUGAUGAAUUCACAUCUGGGCUUCUGAGAUGGGCCGCCACCCACCCAACCAGGAGGCAGUUCAAAGCCUAAAUACAUAAGGGAGGACCUCAGUGAGGCCAGGGAGGGGAGGGCCCACUGCUUGUAGAUUAUCAUGUUUCCAAUUAGGUGCCCCUGCCAGCUAGAAGUGUAAAAACAAUCAUCAAAAAGAAAGAAAACCUGAAUGGAUGCAUGAAUGCAUGAAUGAAAGAGUGAAUGAGAAAAAAGAUUUGCAGUGACCAAGGAGGCUGGUCUUGCAGGGGGUGUUAGGAUUCAUCCAGUCCCUGGUGCCUGAGCUCCAAGAGAAGGAAAGGCAGUAAAAAAAAAAAAAAAGGCUGAAAGACUGGUAGAAAAAAACAAUUGAGAUUGGAGAAAAAAAUAAAACAAUUUAAAAAAAGGAGUAAAGAAGGUAAUAAAUAAGUCAUACAGUGAAGUCUGUGAGAAGGGACUGGUUUAGCACAGACCAUCCACAUGAAUUCAAAUCUCUGGCCCCGAAGUUGAUAAAUAAUAAAAACAAUCGCAUAAGUAAAUGCCUGAAGGAAUAAAUUCACACAUUCCAUGAGAAUGUGAGAAAAAGUUUGAAAAAUUGUAGGAGGGACUGGGAGAAAGAAAGAUGUAGGAAAAGAAAAGAACAUAGACCUAUGGAAGAAGAGGCACUUCCUGGAUAAGUACUUACAUAUAAUAAACAAAUAUUAUUCAUUAAAUACAAUCACUAGUAAGAGCUGAGGUUCAUCGUAAAGAAAGAAUAAGUAGAGGGAUGGCUGUGUGAACAAAUGAAUGAGAAAGAUGAUUUUGAUUAAUUCACGUCUGCACCCGAGGCUCACGAGAAUAAAAGAAUGCAAAAAAGAGAGCGGUGAAGGAGGGGCGUAGACAAUUAUGACAGGAUGGAUAUUAGCAAUAAAAACAUAUUGAAGGAAUAAAUCAAUACGUACAUAAAUCUAUGAGAGAGAGGGCCAUGUUAGAACAAAAAAACGAGAAGGCACCGCGAGCCAGGAAUUAUGACUGAUUCAAAACUGGGCUCUUGAGAUAGUUAAAUAAAUCCUCAACCAAAUCACCAGUAUGAGGAAUUAACAAACAAAAGCGAGCCCCACAUGGACCGGUGCUGGGAAGGCUCUGGGAACCACAGAUUAUGGUUAAUCCAAUUCUGUGCACCUGAGGUCCAUAAAUAAAAGAAUAAAUAUUGAAAUAAAAGAGUGACAGAAAGAAUGAAUGGACCCAUGAACAACUGAAUUAGAAAUGGAAAUGCCUGGAACGGCCAGGAGCGUGUCGCCCAUGGGAUUGUCACUCAUCUCACUCCGGACACCUGAGGCUCCUAAGAGUGAAAAGAUGCAAGAAAAAAAAAAAACCAUCAGGGAGUCGAAGAAAGAGGUGAGGGAAGGCAAAGUGAAACUAAGUGAAAGAGAAAGGCGGCGUGGGGGAGGGACUAAUAAAAAGCUAACGAAGACGUGGGUGUGUCUGAGAGAAGGAUGUGUUAGGAUUAGGGAUGAGGUCAUCAAUCCUAAUGAUGGAUGAGAUCAUCCAAUCCCCUUUUCUAGGGCAAGGGAGGAUGGAGAGAUUAAAAAAAUAAGAAGUGAAAAAAGGAGAAAGGAAGGAUGAUAAACCCACAACCAAGGUGAUAAAUGGUUAGUUAUGAGAGGUUGUCUUAACAGGGAUUAUAAUUAGUUUACAUACGUACUCCUUAAAUAGAUAAAUACAUCACACCUUUCCAAGAGUAAAUGAAAAAUAGAGGAAAUACCCGACCCAAAGACAAGGCUGCAUCUUCCAGCCUUUUAUCAUCUUUAUGUAAUAAAAUAUAUGCAGUUGAGGUCCAUAAAUAAAAGAAUAAAUAGCAAAGUGUAAAAGGCGACUAAAGACAGGGAAGAAAGAUAGCAAAGGCAAAUAAACACAUGGGCCAAUGAUAGUUAUUUUGCACAUGGAGUUUUGACUAAUACAGUUAUUUCCCAGGAGACUGAUAAGUAAAAGAAUACCCAAAAUAAGAAAGAAAGGAAGGGCAAAUGCAUGAGUGCAUAGAUGAAUGAAUGAGUGAAUGAAUGAGAGGUGGUGCUGCCUGGACCAGGGACAGUAGGAUGUCGCACGUGGGAGCCUGAUUCGUCAUCCUUCUGUGCACCUGCGUUUGUAAGAAUGAAGGAACGGAAGGAAGAGUGAGAGAAAGGGAGAAAUACGAAAGAAAGGAAUAAGGAAAAAAAUAAUGUAUAAACGAAUAAAUAGGAGAAGGGAGAGCUUCAUGAACGAGGGGCUAUGAUUAAUUGAAAGUCAUGCUAUUGAAGUCGGUAAAUAAAGGCGUCAAAUCUAAAUGAAUGAACGAAUGAGUGACUGGAAGAAAUGGAUUGAAUGACUGGAAGGAAGUGAGGGAGAGAGGAAGCAAGGAAGGAGGGAGGGAAAGAAGGAAAAAGGAAGGAAGAAAUAGUAGGCAGAGAGGGAGGGAGCACUCUUCCAGUUUGGGGUCCCUGGGUUCCCGCCAGCUGAAGGGAGUGGGUACCAGGGAGGGGUGGCUCUUGGCAUGUUGUGUGCUUGUUACCUGCACUUUCUUGGCGGGGAGGAGGUGGCCCAGGAGGACCCUUGCCUUGGAGCGCCACUGUCACACCCUGGCUGUGGGGGCCAUCUCACUUCAUUGCUCUCAUUCUCAGUUUCCCCAUCUGUAAACUCGGAAUGGCAUCCGCUGCCCGCUUGGAUGGAUCGUGGGGCAAAUGCUGUCCUGCGUGUUGGCAGUGCCCCGUCUAGAGCCCUGGAGAGGCGGAAGGGCUCAGGCCCCGGGCCCUGCCGAAGGUUGUGGGAACUGGGCGUGGGUCACCUGCGAGGGAGGCUUUUCCCGCCAGGGGGCAGCAGAGGGUCAGGGAGCAGGAGGCCCUGGGGGCUGUGUGGGCCCCGCCUGCUGCGCUGUCCUGGGAGGGGCGCCACUCACAUCCAGGGCCUGUGCAGGUGGCUUGGGAAGGGGCCAGUAGGGGCCAGAUCACCAGCAAUCGUGUUCCCGCAACUUUCCGAAAUGUGCCCGGGAGCCCUCCAGCCCCCAGCGUCUUCUACGGGGUGGGCUGCCUUCCCUUCUCAAGUCAGGGGGGUCCCGGGGCAGGUGCCUCUCAGCCCGGGGUUUGCAGAAGUGGUCCCAGGAUCCCGGCCCCCUCGCCCUGGCAUCCCCAGAGCCCGUUUCAAGGCCUUGCUGUCUUCUCGACUGUUUUCCGAUGUACUCUCUGUAUUUCGGCGGAAAGCGCGUUUGCACUGUGUGUUGUUGAACUUGUCCUCUCCCCUCCUGACCUGCCUUCCCCAGCACACCCCCCCGCCCCCCCGCCGGGGUUGGGGGCUGUUUGUACUGGCGCUUCCGACCCCAGGGACGCCCUGGUUCUGUGCAGUCUCCUUUCUCUGUACCGGACAGGAUUUGUGCACUUGUGUGUUGUGUGCCUGUGUUUGUCUCUAAAAAUGAGGACCAGAGUCCCUCUGGACUUCUCGAUUCCUAUCUGGGACAUUAAAAAAAAAAAUUGGAUUCCUAACGAGUGCCCUGAGCAGGAGGAGCCCGCUUGGCGGGACCCAGGAUUCGAGGCUGGGAGAGCAGGGCGCCCAGGGGCGUCGGGUGCAGCUGGGGCUAGUGUUUCACCUGGUGGGUGGGGGGUGAGGGGAUGGUUUGUGGCAGGGGGGUUACACUCCACUCGGAGCAGCUUUGGACCCCAGCUGGGGACAGGGAGUGGCCGGCCACAGGCUUGGGGCGGGGCGUAGCUCUACUCCAGGCCGGUGAUGAUGCAGGUGCACUGUGAGGGCAGCGAGCUGGAGGCGCAGGAAUCAAAGCUGCAGGGUUUGCAGACAGGAUGUGGGGAGGGAGGGAGUGAGGGGGACCGGGGGCAGCCUCCAUGCUUAGAAGGCGGGCCCUGAAUGGAUGCAGACGGCAUCUAGAAGAUGGAGGACACGGAAUCACGUGUCAGGAGCCCCCCUUCCCUGCCUCCAGUGCCACGUGUCUGGGCCACGUGAGCAGGACCUCGUGGGCCUGAGGUGGCGCUGGGGCUUCAGGGCUCUGCACACUUAUUAACCCUGAAGACACCUGCUCAGAGAGGGUCUCCAGAGAGCCCCCCAAACAGCCCAGGUGUCAUCCUGUGGACCAGAGUGGAGGUGGGAGGGGCUUGGGGCAGGGAGAGCCUGGGAGAGUCUUUCUGAAGAAACCUUGUGGGGUUUUAAAAGUCAGCUGAGGGUCAAGAAGACUUAGAAAAUAUUGGGGAGAAGUGGGGGGGCCACGGCCAUGUGCACAGAGGAAAUAGGGACAAGAGCAAACCUCUCGGGGAGCCUUCUCCCCAGGUCCGAGGGGCUGUCGAGGGGUCACAUGGAUGGAAAUGGGCUGGUGGGAGAAUGCCCAGGGGGGAGGGUGGGUUGGGAUUGGAUGAGUUCUGUCUGUUUAGGAAUGUUGAGGGCCUGAGGGUCAUCGGGUCAGAGCUCUUAAGAGUUUGGGAUCCAGCAUUCUAAGGGUCUCCAGUUCUGAGACGCUGAAUUUCAGGACAGGGUUCCGAGGGCUGUAGAGCCGGGCGUGGAAUUUCCACAUGGGCCCCCAUCCGGUUCUGUCCAUGCCCGAUCCAUGAGGUCCAAGAUGGGAUCUCAGCGCUCCUCUCUGAUCAGGGCUUAUCUCAAGUGUGUGUUUCUUCUUCUCACUUUUUUAAAAAAAGACAAAUUUUGUCUGUUGACUUUGACCUGUGCAUGCACCCCUUGCACAAAUCCUUCCCCUGGUGACACCAGGAGCUACAAGUCUCCUUGGAUUUCUGUACAACUCCCAACUCCCUCCUCAGGAAGCUUGGCCUUGGGGCUGGCCUUCCAGAGGGUGGAGGACGGAGGCUGGGCCUCUGGGGCAGAUGGGCCAAGGGCUCCCUUGUGAUCCUAAUGUAAAUGGUGUGGAUAGCACAUGACCUAGAGCAGGAGCUCACCCAUCAUUCGACAUGUCACCCAUCUUUAUUUCUUCCCUUCAAAUUCCUGUUUAUGAGCACACUUUUUUAAAAUGGACAUCUAAUUUUUUUAAAUGAGCGUUCAUUUUUUAAACCUAAUUGCCAUUCUUCACCACAUAUACUUUUUUUUUUUUUUUUUUUACAUCUUGCCUUUUCCACUUAAUAUUCCGUCGUCAACAUUUUUCUUUCUUCCAUAGACUUCAUCACGUCACUGGCUGCCUUGUGUCUCAUUGAGCGGCUAUGUCAAUCAUUCACCACAUCAACCUGCUGUUGUUACUAUUGCUAUGCAUAAUUCCUCUUUUUUUUUAAUGUUACAAAUUAUGCCACAGCUAAUGGCUUAGCACAUCCACUUUUUAUUUUUUUCAUUCUUACGAAUUAUUUUCCCACACCUAGAAAUGAUCGUUGUUUCAUGGUAUGUCAGUUUCUCCUGCUAGGCUGUGAGCCCCUUAAGGGCAAGAAGCUUGUUGAAUUGAUCUUUGUAUCUCUAAUGCCUGAAAUGUUGUCGAUGCUAAAUGUUAGACGAGAGGAUGGAAGGAUGGAUGAAGAUGUGAGUGAGUGGUUGGUUGGCUGAGGAGGAGAGGAUGGAAAGAUGGAUGGAGAUGUGAGUGAGCAGGUCAGUGGUUGGCUGAGGAGGAGAGGAUUGAAGGAUGGAUUAUGAUGUGAGUGAGUGGGUCAGUGGUUGGUUGGCUGUUAGAGGAGAGGAUGGAAGGAUGGAUGAAGAUGUGAGGGAGCAGGUCAGUGGUUGGCUGAGGAGGAGAGGAUUGAAGGAUGGAUGAUGAUGUGAGUGAGUGAGUGGUUGGUUGGCUGUUAGAGGAGAGGAGGGAAGGAUGGGUGAAUAAAAGGGUUGGUGAAUGAACAAAUGAACUUCUUAGGGUUGAGUUUCUUGAAUGAAGGGCCAGGAAGUUUUGUAUGACUAUUGACUAAUAGCAGAAGGCUUACGGCAUUUUAUAAUGUCCAGCGAUGUAUUAGCAUUUUGUUAUGAUAUUGCUAGUUUAUCUCUGUUAAAAAGUGUUUUUCUGUCAUUUUUAACUUGCAUUGCUUUGAUUACUAAUGACGGUUGAACAUUUUCACGUGUGUUUGUUAAAAAAUUGCAUUUUAUCUUCUGUGAACUGUUUGUCCAAGUCCACCGGGUCAUGGCUUUGUGAUGAGACUGUGAAGGAUGGAACGAGUGUCCUCAGGACGUAGUGAGCCCUUCCUCACUGGAGGCAUUCGAGGGGCAGGCCAGGCAGAUACGCGGUGAGGGUGGCUUUAAGGAGAUUCAAUUAGUGCGAGUGGGGUUGGCCUAGAUGACCCUUCAUUUGACCUUAGGAUUUUGCUUCUUCCUGGGAAACGGGCAUCUUCCCUUUGUCAGCCCAGCAGUAGCUAAGGCACACCCCCCUGGUGGGCUUGUGCAUUAGUGAUCGACAAACUCUAACCUCACCCUCUGUAACUCUUGUGGGGCAGGACUAUCUCUUUGAUCCUCCAGGGUCCAGACAACUGUGCUACCAUCCUGUAGAGUUCAGUGGUGGACUUCCCACCCGCCCCGCUUCCCCAUUUCACCUUGAGGAGGAUGGGCCCCCGUACCUCCAUUUGCCACCUCUCAGCGCAAUCAGCUGAGGCGAUCAGCUGCCGUGUACGUUCCAGGGGUCCUGUGAGCAAAUGUCCCCUAGGCCUGCGUGUUGGUCUUCGGGGUUUAAUUGAUUAAGGGGACAUGUCGGAUCAGGUCUGAUAGUGAAUCCUCCUUCAGAAAUGGGACAGUUCAAUUCCGUGAGCCAAGGAGCAGAAUGGACCCCAUGUUCUCCUCGGGCUUCCCCUCAUGGUCCACCCCAAGGCUAGCCGGGGCUCAAAGGUCACCGUGGACAUUCAGGGAGGGCACGUGACCCAAGGUGGCCUUGCCUCUGCUUUCCAGAACACCCUCUGCUCUCAGCCGAGGGCCGCAUCUUCCCACUGACCCUCUACUAUAGCACCGAGUGCUGUUUGCCUGCAUUGGAAGUUCUCACCCACAUGUUUGCCACAGCAUCGAAGCUUGGGAGGCCAGCGAUGAUUCCCAACAUUAUUUUGAUCCAUCCAUCCAUCCAUGCAUUUGGCCUACGUCUCUUGACCUGGUGCUUUGGCCUUUCCCUUUCCUGAAAGCAAACCUUUUCCUCUUGGGCAGGCUGUGUAGUGCCAUGGGCUGUGGUUAUGAAGUGAACGCCCUUAUUUGUGGCUUCUUCCUCCGGGGUCACUGCUCUGAGCACGUCCCAGCUGGAUGUCACCCACCGUCACCCACACGGCUUCCUUCCCCAUGGCGCUUUCCCAUGCAUCACACACCGUGAGGGAACCAGGGCCAGGGUCCGAGAGCGGCCCCCCUCCCCCGCCCGUGAGCAGAGAUGUCCCCCCCAGGCCACCCUGCCUGGUGCAUGGUCCCUGCCAUGAGCUUUGCCCUCAGCCUUUCAGCUUCCUCCCACCAGAUGGCAGUGGUUGUAACUCAUCCCUUCAUUCUUUCAUCCCUUCAUUCGUUCACUCAGUCCCCGAACAUUUGAAAAGAUCCGCAGGUGCUAUACUAGAGCUGGCUCACGGGACGCAUUCCGACCAUCCCCUUUCGAAGGAAAAGAUGGGCAUGUUUGCCAGGGGCCAUGUUUGUGUGUCAGUAACAAGGCGGGACCCUUGAUUUAGCUCCCACCCCUAGACCCGAGUUCUGCGGAAAGUUUGAUAACCCUCUCUGACUUUGUUCCUCCCCAAACUAAGUUGAUUAGUAAUCAGCAGACCGUGUUCCUUGGUGCUCAGAAAUCAUAGCCCGUAGCCUCAAGAGGCCAGGAUGAGAGCUGGGGUGGGGGGGCGGGUCUGAAACGAAAGGCUGAUUCUGGCCGUGAGCAGGCUUUCAAGUCAUUAGAACACCCUGAUCUUGCACAAAGGGGAACUUAGAGUCAUUCCUGCCCCUUUGAGAUUUGCUAAUUCUGGGGUCUAUUUAGAAAAAAUUGGGGAAGAUGAUUGCUUGCUUGGAUGGCAAGGAUCGUGCCCCAUGCGGGGUCUGCACAGAACAAUCUACUGGCAUAACAGGGCAUCCGAGGCACACAGCGCUUGGCGAACCCUGGAUGCAGGUCCCAGGCCAGGCGGCAUCCACCACCGCCCCCCCAUCUCCAGCUUAGCUCACUGCUACCUGCUUGGGACAAGGCGUAGAUCUAGGGGCUCUACUGCGAAUUCUGUAUUUGAUUUAUUGCCUUGGACAGUGGGGGUGGUCGACAAAGCCAGGACCCUGGAGCUGGACAAACGUGUGGUUUAAACUGACGGUGACAGCUUGAGUCUGUCUCCUGGGGAGAUCAUGACACCCACCUCGCAGGGCUGUUGUGAGGAUUGAUGUAACUGGGAUUUUGAACUGUGAUUCUGAAAGGGUGUGCGCGUGCCCCCAGGGGUGGGCUGGGGGCGGGAUGAUAGGCCGGGAGGGGCAGCCCGAUUUGGGCAGGUUAGUGGGAAAUCUUUUUGUCAAACACGCAGUGGGUAUUGUGGGAACGAAUGCUAAAUUUAUAUGGUGUUCGAAGGUUAGGUAGUUGUAAUUUUGGCAGGAACCUUCAUGCUGGGUAAUGACGACCCCUUUGGGCAAUGCCCUGGACCCCCUGGGGUACGCGUUCACACCUGUCUCCGGAAUCGGAAUCGGUUGGAAGGCCCCAUCUGUGUCUUGCCUACCGCUGUGUCUGGCCUGUGGGCGGCACUUAUCCUUCACGAGAGACGCCUCCCAGCAGUGUCCUCCCCCCAAAAUAUUAGGCACCGGCUGUCAGAGACACUACACCUCUCCCCACUAAUGUCCCCUCUCCCCAUUCACAACAUUUGGGCUCAAAUGUCAGCAGCCUGGGUGCCUAACACAGUACCAGGCCAGUGGUAGGGGGGUCACCUUCCAUUUCCGUUGAAAGGAUGGAUAGGUAGAUGGUCAAAUAACAAAAUUGUAACCCAAUGCAAGCGACGGUUGUUUAUAACCUUUACUAAGAUUGUAUUUUGUUCCUAAUUAACCUGUUAACAGUUGUUGUAUCUUAUGGACUUUUGUAUGAUGUGUGUUGUUCGAAAACCAGGACUCUUGCUUCGGGUGUCACUUGAUGGAACUUUCGCUGUCCGAUUAACGAGUCAGUGUUUUGUGUUAGAAAUGAGAAUCCGGGGGGCGCUUAACUAACUGUGUAGUGUUGGGCAAGUCACUCCUCCUUCCUCUCUGACCCUCGGUCUCCUUUUCUCUAAGCUGUGGGUCACCAGAAAGCUUACCUCACAGGGUUGUUGUGAGGGCCCAGGGCUGCUAAUGAAAUGCUGGCUGUCACUGAGAAUGGUUGCGUGUUGGGGACUGUCUGGAAGGGAACAGGGAAGCCUUUCCUAGUUCCAAGUGAAUAAAAAGUCAGCCUUGACCUUAUGCUAAGAUUGUAUUUCCAACAGUCAGUGGGAUGUGUAAGGCAGAGGCCCAGCAGUCUGCAAGCGUUUAGCGACGUGGGCCCAGGGUAAAUAUUGGUUUGGUUAAUGAGUGAUGGCUUUUUCCCUUCCUCGGAGCCUCCCUUUCUCUCCCCUCGCAUCCUGGGCUGCUGCUUGUUGCGUGCAGGGUGACUGCUUUGGGUUUGUCCUACCUGUCGCUGCCUGGCCUGUGGAGGGGCUUCUGCAGACGUCUGGGUGCCCCGGGGUGUUUCUUAGGGAGGAAGGCGGGGGGACAGUUUCGAGAGAGCCCGAGCAGGGUUUCUGGGUAACAUCUUUAGGGACUAAAACACCUUCUUCUGCCUUUUAAGGGAAAGGCCAGUGCUCCUAAUUUCCUCCACCCGCUUCCUUCUUUCCCUGACUGUAAGGUAAACAAAUGAGUCUUCAGCCCCCUCCAUGGGCCUGGAACCAAACUUGGGGCUGUUCCACGCCCACAAGCUCCCUGCUUGAUUGGCGUGUGGGCCCAUUUUACAGAUGAGGAAGUUGAGAAUCAGGGACCGUGGAGUGUCAGAGCCAGGACUGAACAGUCUGCCAUGAAAAGCCGGGGGGCACUCUUUCCACUUGGCCAGACAAGCCCUCCCAUUUACCGUGGCCAGCCUCUGCCAGCCCAAGUGUGCCCCAGUGUGUCUCUGUCCCCACCACGUGCCUGGCAGUGCUCCCGUGGAGGUCACGCUCUCCAGAGCUCAGUGAGACCUGGAAACUUGGCCGAGUUAGUUACUGCCCUGCUCUGGAGGAAGUCCCAGGAGACACCCCUGCAGGGGUCAUUUUGGAUCGGGGGUCUCCACGUGACCACGGAAUUCCUUUCCUGGCCCUUGUCUCACGUGUGUGGGACAUCAGAGUUCUGCUAGAACAUCCCAGAUUCCAUUCCAGGUGGGCUUGAGCUGGGGAUCUCGUUGAGUCCCUCCCUCCCGGCCCCUCACUCUGUGGAAGCCUCACCACCCUCCUGGUUCGGCCUCUGCCUUUCACAGCUGCAGUGGGCUGUGUCUUCACCAUGGCCACCCCAUGUCCCUGAGAACGUGUCUGAAGCUCCCGAGGGGCGGGCCCCACGCUAGGGACAGGUUGAUAGGGUCCCCCUCCCGGUAGACUGUGGGUCUGUGUGUGGGUGUCUGCUCCCUGAUGGACCUCGGUCCUGUGUGACCCAGGGGGAGGGACUUUCUCAGGUGCCUGGUGUUUUCAGGGCCUCGUCCUCUUGAGGGGGGCAGGCCUGGGUCCCCGCCUCUGGAGGGCAGGUAGAAAGUCGAAGCUCAGUGAGGUCGUGCCUAAGCAGCUAUUAGACCCCUUCCCUGACUCUGAGACCUAUGCUUCUCUUACCCUCACAGCCCUGCUGUCUACACUAGUAGGUGCCUAAUAGGUGCUCGCUGACUGAUAAGGCAGGGUUUUAGUGGAUGUGAAAAGCUGAAUUGACUGUUGGCUGAUGUACAUGUUGAAUCUGCAUGCGUUUCUGUAAGAGAAAAAGGUGUGUUUUCUUGGCAAAGACUCUUCAGGGCAAAUCCUGAGGGUCUUUGUCUGCGCUGGGGCCUCACCCCAGGGGGUGCAGCCCAGAGGGCGGCCGCCGGACGGACCCUCCUGAUGGAAAUAGCUGUCUUCUGAACAUUGUUGGAAAUAUUUAUAUCUAGAAUAAAACUUUAUUUGGGCUAAAAUGUA